ACCAUGACGAAAGAAGAAGAACCAAUCUCGUUCGAUUCCCUUCCACUAGACCCAACAGGCCCACAAGGGAAUGCCUGGGGUCGAUUUGGAAAAGAUGAUCAACUUGGGACCUUGAACUUGCUCACUCCCGAUCGGGUCGUCCAAGCCGCGAAAGAAAUCAAAACUGGCGUGCGAAUCUCACUUGAUUGGCCCUUGAGCAUGCCUUCGCAUCCAAGCUUUAAUCGCCAUCCAUUCAAGCAGGAGAUUGUUCUUCGAAAUCCAAACUGUGUCUAUGAUGACAUCUUGACAUUUAAUAGUCAGGGAUCAACCCAAUGGGAUGGUUUCAGACAUUACGCAAACCAGAAGACCCGACAGUUCUAUAACGGACAUACCACGGAAGAGAUAGAGAGCUCUGAAACUAUUGGAAUGCACUCCAUUUGUGAACAUGGUGGAAUAACAGGCCGCGGCGUCCUUCUCGACUACGCAGAAUGGGCCACCACAAACUCAAUCACCAUCUCCGCCCUCGAAUCGGAGGCCAUUACUAUAGAGAGUCUAAAGCGAGUAGUGAAAGAUCACAGUCUCAAUUUUCGAAAGGGUGACAUUCUGUUCAUCCGCAGCGGUUUCACGGCUGCAUACAACAAGCUAGACACUCAGCAGCGAAGGGACCUGGCACUCCGCUCAUCGCCAGAUUUCAGCGGUGUCGAGGCGACAGAGAGUAUGGUGCGGUGGUUAUGGGAACAUCAGUUCUCUGCUGUCGCUGGUGACGCGCCGAGUUUUGAGCGUGCGCCUAUAAGAGGUGCCCAUGCGGAUCCGAAUUUCAAUUUGCAUGAGUGGGUGCUGGCGGGCUGGGGGACUCCAAUUGGGGAAAUGUUUGAUUUGGAGAAAUUGUCGGAGCAUUGUAAGGCUAGUGGACGUUAUAGUUUCUUCUUGUCCAGUAUGCCUCUGAAGGUGAUUGGUGGUGUGGCUAGUCCACCUAAUGCAUUUGCUAUUUUCUAA